AACAAUACGCAAGCAGAUGAGUAUAUUAUUGUAUGACCAUCGUUCGAAUAAACAAUUCCGAUUUAUGUGUACGUCAUACUAGUGAGAUAUAUAAUAGUAGCUUAGUAAUUUGACAGAAUCGCUCUAUUCGUUUAUUUUCUAUACUACUGAAUAAGUGACUGGAUCGUACACAGAUAGAGAGUGAGAGAAAGGGAAAAUUGUCGUCAAAGAAAAUUGAUUGGAGCAGAAAACUUUGUGGCUGUGAAGUGCGGUGACGAAUUGGUUUUAUUUUCGUUUACUUUUUAUCUGUUUGGUUUGUCUUGUAAUAUAACGGCAAAAAUAAAAUAUGUUUAGUUUCCUUCGUCGCGAAAAAGUUCAACAGGAGGUAGUUGAAAAUGUUGUUAACGAAUUGAAGAAAAUUUAUCGCAGCAAAUUGCUGCCGCUGGAAGAGCACUAUCAGUUUCAUGAAUUUCAUUCUCCGAAACUCGAAGACCCCGAUUUUGAUGCAAAACCAAUGAUAUUGCUAGUGGGACAAUAUUCAACGGGGAAAACCACAUUCAUAAGGUAUUUGUUGGAACGGGAUUUUCCAGGCAUUCGCAUUGGGCCUGAGCCGACGACAGAUCGUUUUAUUGCUGUCAUGUACGAUGACAAAGAGGGCGUAAUACCUGGAAAUGCACUUGUUGUCGAUCCUAAACGACAAUUUCGGCCGCUUUCGAAAUAUGGAAAUGCAUUUUUGAAUCGACUACAAUGUUCGACAGUAAAUUCACCCGUGCUGCAGGCGAUCUCAAUUGUCGACACCCCAGGUAUUUUAUCUGGUGAAAAACAACGUAUUGACCGUGGUUACGAUUUUACGGGCGUAUUGGAAUGGUUUGCUGAACGUGUCGAUCGCAUUAUCUUAUUGUUCGAUGCACACAAAUUAGAUAUUUCGGAUGAAUUUCGCCGCUCAAUCGAAGCGCUGAAAGGACACGAUGAUAAAAUUCGGAUUAUUCUGAAUAAGGCUGACAUGAUUGAUCAUCAACAGUUAAUGCGUGUGUACGGUGCUCUUAUGUGGUCACUUGGUAAAGUGUUGCAAACACCAGAAGUAGCACGAGUGUAUAUUGGUUCAUUUUGGGAUCAGCCACUCCGGUACGAUGUUAAUCGUCGACUGUUCGAAGACGAAGAACAGGAUCUUUUCAGAGAUUUGCAAUCGUUGCCAAGAAACGCUGCCCUACGUAAGCUCAAUGAUCUUAUAAAGCGGGCACGUUUGGCCAAGGUACAUGCCUACAUUGUAUCAGAAUUGCGCAAAGAAAUGCCUUCGGUGUUUGGUAAAGAUGGUAAGAAGAAGGACCUCAUCAAAAAUUUGGGGCAAAUCUAUGAGAAAAUUCAACGUGAACAUCAAAUAUCACCCGGUGAUUUUCCUGAUUUGAAGAAAAUGCAAGAACUGUUGCAACAUCAAGAUUUCACAAAAUUUCAUUCACUCAAACCAAAUUUAUUAGAGGUAGUCGAUCAAAUGCUUGCCAAAGAUAUUGCUCGGCUUAUGGAAAUGAUUCCUCACGAAGAGCAAAAUUUGGUGGCUGAAAUAGCGGUUAAAGGUGGUGCCUUUGAGGGUGUGGUCGAUGACGUUGUAUCACCAUUCGGGUACAAGCGAGGCGAAGGUAUCGAUGCUGGCUUCGGAGAGCACGAAUGGAUCUGUAAUCGAGACCGUGGCCGCACUGACCCAAUAUUUGAAACAUUAAAUCCAGUCGAUGGCAAAAUUACUGGCGCAGCGGCUAAAACGGAAUUGAUUAAAUCGAAAUUGCCAAAUUCAGUUUUGAGCAAGAUUUGGAAGUUGGCUGAUUACAAUGCCGAUGGUUUCUUGGAUGUGGAAGAGUUCGCAUUGGCGAUGCACUUAAUAAAUGUAAAGUUGGAUGGAAAUGAAUUGCCGAACGCGUUGCCUGAACACUUGAUUCCACCCACCCAAAGACUCAAUGGUGUUGAUUAAAUGAUUAAGACGGCAGAAAUAAAAUGCUUUUGGUGCUAAUGUGUAACAAACGAUUUUAAACCGACCAUCUAAACAAUAAUAAGUUCACAUUGUAUCGUAAACUAUCACACAACCUAGAAAAGCGUGUGCAUAAAUCUAUCAAUGACAUUUCAACAGCAAAUCGAAACAAAAUCACCAAAAAAUUUACAACACACACAUCGAUUGAUUCAGAUUUUGGACUCGAUUUGAAGAUUUUGUAUUUUUUUAUAAAAAUAUUUCACUACAUAAAAUGGUUUAGUUCUUACAAACUAAGGCAUUCGCUUAUGUAUUCUGAAUUGCGAUAAUUUUUGAAUUUUGCUGUUGUUUAAUCAACUUUAAAGAACACAUUUACAAUAAACGUUUCCAAAUAUUUAUGAA